GGGGAAAAAAUUCCACGCAGAGCAGCAGGGCUUGGACUCUCAUGUGCCUUCAGCACCUAAAGAAGCAGCACGCUUAAACCCACCUGAGGAGCCGUCCGAAGAAUGAGGUAAAUUAAAACCCAGCCUCUUCUGAAGUUGUGCUCUGAAGCUGGAUCCUGUACUCUGCAAAGGAUGAUCAGUAUCCAGCGUCCCUCUCCAUUAGGCGGCCAGGGCGGGAGGAAUCCAUCAGCGGACAUGCCCCACCGAUACACCCACCACAAGAGGAAGGCGAAUGGCCCGGCCAGGAGGAUGGAGCACCGAGCUGCCCCAGGCAGAGCCGGCCACGGUUCCAGGAAGCUCGCCUUCAUCUCUAGGUCUCUCAUCCUGUGCCACACGUUGCCCAGCGAUGAUGGCUCCAGCCCUGAGGAGAAAUACGGCAGCUCCUGGGACGGGGAGCCGAGGAGCUGUGGGGGGAAGUGCGAGGAAGCUCUAUCCUCUGCUGGGCGGACGGUGUCUUCACAGAAGCCGCCGCAAGGACGCCCACUUGCGGUCCUCAGCAAUCCUAAGAGGGGCAUGAGGAGGACCUUCUCCAUUAAGGGACACAGUAUCUGGAGAAUGUGCAUGGCCAAGGAAGAAGGCCUUGGAGUGCAAACCUGCCAUCAUAACUGUCGGCCCUCUGAUGGUCGUUUUACUGUAUGCCAUAUGAACAAUGGAGGGGCAGUUCACAGGAGCAGUUACCUUCUGUCUGGGCACGAAAGUGUGACACCCAAUAACCAGUUCCUCAAUGGACACUCAAAGCCGGAGGAAAGAUUGGAAGAGAUGCCAGUCACCCGGGCAGCUAAUACAAUGACCUGCAGUGAUGAUUCUUCAACGAGUGAAAACAGCACUGCAUUGGUCAGUGUUGGGGCUCCUCUCACAUCUCCAGCAGAGAGAGAAGAGAGGAACUUCUUGACCAGCCUUGGUGAAAGAGACCACUUGAUCAAAACAGUGAGCCUCAAGGAGCCCAUUGCGGAAGUAACCGGGGAGACUGCGGACAGUUCUGAUGCCGAAAAAGCAGAGAAGAGCUCACAUAACCAGUCGUCCAAUCAGAGGACACGGUCUAAUUCCACCAGCGUAAAUCCUUACUGGAUAGGUGACUUGGAUUCGCUCAUUCUGAAGACACCAGAGAUCUACAGAAGCCAUCCUCGGGGGAAUGCCGGCUUUUAUGGAAACAGGAAGUCUCUGUCUCAGCAGCUGGAAUUUCCUCAAGGGUUUGCUCAGGCUGUUCCCAGACCUUCUCGUUCAUUAAGUUCAGCUCACCUGGUCCACUCCAGCAGCAGUACACAAGCCUUCAUGAUCUGCAACAUUGUCCUGAUGAAAGGCCAAGGCAAGGGCUUGGGCUUCAGUAUAGUCGGUGGGAAGGACAGUGUGUGUGGGCCCAUGGGAAUCUAUGUCAAAACCAUCUUCCCAGGUGGAGCAGCAGCAGCUGAUGGGAGAUUGCAGGAAGGUGAUGAAAUCCUGGAGCUGAAUGGAGAGUCUCUGCAUGGCUUGACCCAUGAAGAUGCUUUGCAGAAGUUUAAACAAAUAAAGAAGGGCCUGCUGACCCUGGUGGUGCGGACAAGCCUGCGCAUGGGAGCACCGACCAGCCAGGCUCAGGCGUCCCAGCUCUGCCGCUCCCGCUCCCUAAGCUCCAGCACAGGCAUCAGCAGGGCCAGUGCCGACAUGGGGGACUGCAGUUUCCUAGCUAACCCUGCCAAACCCAAGGAUCGGAUUGUGAUGGAAAUCUCACUGCAGAAAGAGAUGGGUGUAGGUUUGGGCAUUGGACUUUGCUGCGUGCCUUCUGGAGAAGGAUGUCCUGGCAUCUAUAUCCACACUCUCUCACCUGGUUCGGUGGCACACAUGGAUGGCCGACUCAGGUGUGGUGAUGAACUCAUUGAGAUCAAUGACACUGUGGUCUACAAUAUGACUCUGAACGAAGUCUAUACAGUGCUGAGCCAGUGUAGCCCAGGCCCAGUUCACAUCAUCAUUAGCCGGCACCCUGACCCAAAGGUCUCUGAACAGCAGCUGAAUGAAGCAAUUGCACAAGCUGUGGAAAGUAGCAAGAUGAAAAAAGAUAAGAGCCAGUGGUGCAUGGAAGGCCUAAAAAGGCUCGCUCCCUGCUCGCACGCAAAGCAGAAGUGUGACAAGUGCAUCGAACGGAGCUUCCUCCAGCUCCAUGGCCGCCGGGGCCAGAAGGCAAUGACUCGAUCUUGCAGCGACAGCACGUACAACCACCGCUUCCUCUGUGGUUCCUGCAGUCUGGUCCACAGUUACCAAAGGCCAGACCCAGAGGCCAGAGUGCACAGUAUGGACAUUCCCAUGCCAGGGUCACCUGUGUCUGGCAGUGAGCCCUGGCCUGAGGGGAAAUCGUGUCCCUUUUACCCCGUGGAGGAUUACAAUAUACCCUACAGUGCCUCUGACAAAGUGCCCAGUCAACACCCAUUAGACUUGGCAAAUACAAACUCAAAGGCUUCAGACAUCUCAAACACAGAGUCUUUCAUCAACUCACAGGAGUCCAGCAGAGAUUCCCCAGAUAGGGAAGAAGACUGGCUUCCCUCCCAGUCCAGCUGCCAGGAAGCAGCAGAAAAACUCUCAGAGGGAACUAAAGCUGCAGACAUCUCUUCUGUCACUGCUGCUUCUGAACGAGCAGGACUCUCCUUCAGAGAAGACAGAAAGCACAAAGGUCCCAAGUCUUCCGUUCACGUCUUCUCCCAGAGCAAGAGGCCGACACUGAGAAGACAGGCCCACGUGGAGCUCCAGGACCACAAGCCACAGGACCCCUGGGUGAGGAUCUCCAACUGUACAGAGGAACCCCACAGUUUAGCCACCAUGAUUGAGGACAACGAGACGGCAAACCUCAAUGGCUCAGCACCAUCUGAGAGCUCUCAGUCAACCCAGUUGCCCUCUGCAGCCAAAGAGGAUGAGCCCCCGAAUGUGAAAAAGGGACCACCCGUGGCCCCCAAGCCAGUGUGGAUUCGAAAGAGCCUGAAAGGAAGUGAUGGUCGACAAGAUCUUACCAAACCCCUAGACAGAAACACGUCUGAUGUGGGGAAAACCUUUGGAGUGAGCUUAAGGACUACAUCCUCAAACUCAAAUUUGUCCUUCAAACAGAAAAUCCACUCUUUUGAGACCUUUUCCAGCCCAGAGCCACCAGAGAAGGGCCCCCGGAGGCUGGCUCCUUCCUCGUCCUUCCCUUUUGUAGACAAGUCCCGUCUAGGUGACACAGGAAAUGGUGGAAGAAGCAGAACUACACCGACCAGCAGAGCUACUGAAGCUACAGUGUCUGGCAGAGCUAUAGUGACCGGUGAAGACAUAGUGAUCAGUGAAGCUACAGUGACCAGUGAAGAUAGAGUGACCAGUGAAGCUACAGUGACCAGUGAAGAGAGAGUGAGCAGUGAAGCUACAGUGACCAGUGAAGAGAGAGUGAGCAGUGAAGCUACAGUGACCAGUGAAGCUACAGUGACCAGUGAAGAUACAGUAGCCAGUGACCUCACAGUGACCAGUGAAAUCACAUUGACCAGUGUCACUGAUGAGGGGAGGGGCUCUGUACCUGCAGCCACCCAACAUACAAUGAAGCCAUUUGUGGGUAUGAGUACCAGCACAGCAGCAGGCCAUUCAGAGUGCGUGACAGAAGCUUCAUCCAAUACGGUCACACCUACCCCAGAAGCAACCACUGCAGAGACUGCUUCACUUCACUGCACUUCUCCUCCCAAUGUUCUCACCUCAUCUCCAACCACAACAGAUGACAGCUGUCAGACUGACCCCUCAGAUAAGCCCACCUCCUUCAAAACACCUGAUGUCACUCUCAAGCAGUCGAGUUUACGGACAAGGAGUCUGCCACUGACCACUUCCUCCUCUUCAGAUACCUCUGCUUCUCGAGCCCUUGACGAUGAAAGCAUGGGAAAGAUUCUAUCCUUCAGCAACCAAGUGUCCCACGCGCUGAUCCGUUCUAUGCGCUCCCUACCUCAGUCACCAUGUUUUUGGCUUGGUAGUCCAUGGAAUUCCCCUCCAGGCUCCCUGCUGGUAAAGCCACAAGAAGACCCCGUUGUGGCAGAAAGCAACCCCCUGUCCCCUGGAGUUGACAGCAGUGAAAGGGGAUUCUCUGUGAGUCUGGCAGAGCUCCGGGAACGCACCAUUGAGAGAGGAUCUGACAGAGGUGAGGAGACCACCUGGGAGCGUGCCCUCCCCAAUUCCUCAUCCAGCUGUGCACAGUCAGUCAUUUCAGUCAUCCCGUCUGAGGAAAUUGAGAGGAUGAUCCAGGAGGUCCAAGCCUUGGAUGAGGAGACCCUAAAACAAUUUGAGGACAUCCAUGUUAUAAUUUUACACAAAGAAGAGGGAGCAGGUCUGGGCUUCAGCAUCGCUGGAGGGAUAGACCUUGAGAACAAAGCAACCACUGUUCACAGAGUGUUCCCAAAUGGACUCGCUGCCCAGGAGGGGACCAUAGAGAAGGGAGAUGAAGUGUUGUCCGUCAACGGGCAGACACUGAAGAACAUGACGCAUGCUGAUGCCACUGCAGCUUUACGACAGGCCAGGAUGAUGAAGCAGGCUGUGGUGGUUAUACGCAAGGCAGGCGAGGGUGAACAAAACGCAAGCUGCCCCAACAAUGCAGCCAGCAGUGCCACAGACCCGACCAGCACAGAUGAGGAUGGAGAAAUUCUAACUAUUGAACUGGAGAAAAAUGCAGGAGGAGCAGGUUUCAGCCUGGAAGGUGGCAAGGGUUCCAUCAAUGGAGACAGAGCACUAGUCAUUAAAAGUGUCUUUUCAGGUAGUGCUGCAGAACAGCGUGGAAUCCAGCCUGGUGAUGAGAUACAGCAGGUUCAGGACACCACACUGCAAGGACUCACGCGGUUCGAGGCCUGGAAUAUCAUUAAAGGCCUGCCGGACGGGCCUUUCACUGCUGUCAUCAGAAGGAAGCGGGGUGAAGGGGACUGAGUUAGAACAUGUCACAUGCUGCUGGACUGAGACCCCACAACCAACAAGGCCUGGGGGAAAAAAAUCAAACUGCGGACAUUGGUCUAUAUUAUUGGUUGACAUCAGUCUGCAGCAGGAAACUUGAUAAUGAGUGCAUCAGUCUUGCUAUCUUUACUAUACAAACUUGCAGUAAAAACCAAGAGUAAAUUUUAUUUUGCAUUUAGAAGAAACUUGUCUACAUUGCUUUUUCAGAUGUUAAAAAGGAAGAUAGCUGUGGAAUUUUCCAGAUCGCUUUUUGUUUUUUACAUACCAGUUUGCACAAACUAACCGCAUUUCAUCACGAUGCAAAAGAAAUUGCUAAAUCAUUUUUAGCUUUUACUGACCAAAGUCAGAUAUUAGUCUCCUUCUGUUACUUUAGUACUGUAUAUCUCAUUACGUUAGCAUACGUUAUGAAUAGCAAUGACAAUAAUGUAUCCUCUGGACAGUAAAAAAAAAAUUGAACACAGGUGAUGCCAGAUUACGCAUUUCAACAAAUCCGGAUUUACACGUGAGUAAAAAAUUUAAAUGCCGAAUUGUUUAAAUGUGAUGCACAUACAAGUAUAUCACGCAUAACCUCUCGAAAGGUGCAGAACGUGUAAAUGGUCAAGUAGAAAUAUGAAAAUGUGUUAAAUAUUUUGUGUAGCGCAAAUAAACACAAAGUGGAAGUAAAAUGUAUAAUUCACAAAGAUUAGUGUUUUAGAGGCUUGGCUGCACUUCAUUCAAUUCACAAAAGUAAAAAAAAAAAAAAAAAAUCCCAAGACAGAACAUCUAUUCUUUCCUGCCAGUUAUCUUGUAGAAGCAUCAAAUACACACUAUUCACUACACCAUCCAGAAAUGUAAUUUUAACAGACUUUCCUUUAACAGCAUUAGUAAACUUUGGAAUUAAAUCUGAUGGUGGUGAAUAAGAAAUUAUAACAACUAGGUAAAAAGUGCAUGUUCAGUAUUUUUCGUCAGCAGCUGCAAAUUAUUUAAUUUGAUGUUCGAAACAGCAAG